CUGUACAAAUUCAAAGAAUGAAAGAAAGACACAUAAAAGUAACCCAACAAUCAAAGGGAAGAAUCUAGUAGUACAUCACCAUAUCCAACCAUAUAUCUCCAAUAAAAUGACCCAUUAUAUAUCUUAUGUUCUUCUCUGUCUAUAAAGCACACUCCCUUCUCCUUCCCUUCCCAUCAACUCUCUCCCCUCUCUAAAUCUCCAUAUUAAGAUAUCAUAAUAUAAAUUAGUUCUCAGUGCAAUUGCUAAAUUGGUUUAAUAUGUUAAGUUCUCCAGAACUUCCUGUUUGUAUAUAUGCAGAACCGCCAAUUUUAAUCCCUCCAAGCAGUUCAACUCCAAAUGAAACUCUAUACCUCUCAAACCUUGAUGACCAAAAGUUUCUUAGAUUCUCUAUCAAAUAUCUUUAUCUUUUCAAAAAGUCUGUGAGUAUUGAUAUCUUGAAAAAAUCACUUUCGAGGAUUCUUGUCGACUAUUAUCCAUUAGCCGGACGGCUAAGAAAAAGCCGACAAGAUGAUGAAGAUGAUGAUCAUAAGCUUGAGGUUGAGUGCAAUGGAGAAGGUGCUGUGUUUGUUGAAGCUUUCAUGGAUUUAUGUGCAGAUGAGUUUCUUCGAUUUUCCGACAAACCAAAUAGGUCUUGGAGAAAGCUUCUGUAUAGAGUUGAAGCUCAGAGUUUCUUGGAUAUUGCUCCUCUUGUGGUUCAGGUCACGAAUCUCCGAUGCGGAGGAAUGAUCUUAUGUACCGCAAUCAGUCACUGUUUGUGUGACGGUAUCGGCACGUCCCAGUUCUUACACGCAUGGGCCCACAUCACCACGAAUCACACAGGCAAGUUACCAAUCACUCCUUCACACUCACGCCACGUGUUGAAACCCCAACAGAUUAACUACGAGAUUACAUUAACUAAUCCCGGAUUUACCAAAAAUACCCUUUUCAACAACGAUAUUAUAAGCCAGCAUUUUAGGUCACAACCAUUGGUGCCCUCAUCUCUAACCUUCACUGCUUCUCAUGUUUCGCACCUCAAAAGACAAUGCAGUCCCAUGCUAAAAUGCACCACCUUCGAGAUCGUCGCGUCGCACACGUGGCGAGCAUGGGUUAAGUCCCUGGACUUGUCGCCCGCGCUCCACGUCAAACUUUUGUUUUCUGUGAACAUCAGAAAAAGACUCGAGCCAGAAAUGCCACAAGGGUAUUAUGGGAAUGGAUUCGUGCUAGCAUGCGCGGAGACCACGGUUAAGGAGCUGGUCAGUGCUAACUUGAACAAUGCAGUGAAGUUGGUUCAACGAGCUAAGGCUUGUGUGACCGAUGAGUACGCGAGGUCCGUGGUAAAUAUUCUGGAGGACAAGACGGUAAAAACGGACCUUUCGGCUAGUUUGGUAAUUUCACAGUGGUCUAAAUUAGGACUCGAAGAUGUGGAUUUUGGACAAGGGAAACCUCUUCAUAUGGGUCCAAUUACUGCUGACAUUUACUGCUUGUUUUUGCCGGUCAUCGGAGAUUUCCACGCCGUUCGGGUGCUCGUGUCGAUGCCGGAAAGUGUGGUGAACAAAUUUGAGUAUUACAUGAAUGCAUUUUCAGGGUGGGAAGUUAACGAAGAAGCUGACGCGAAUAAACGUCUCGAAAGUCAAGAAUUUACGUGAAAUAAAAACAUGACAUUUUAUGAGGAUGCGCCUAGUAUCAUCAUUUUUCUUUUGAAUUUCUUAGAACAUGUACUCACUCAUAUUUGUCGAAAAGAAAAUUAAUAAAAAGACAUUGAUUUCGGUUA